AUGGAGCGUUUUCUCUCUAUCAUGAUCAUCCUCUGUUCUCUAAUUGUUGGGUUGACCUGGGGCCCUGGGAGCCAGAUGGACAAAAGGGGGGUCCAUGCCGUCCAUGCUGGACCGACUCUGAGCAUGGGGCGUGGUUAUUAUGAAUCUGAUAAGAGGUCAUUGCUAUAUGAUCUGGCCCUGUUUGGACGUCAUCACUCUGUAUACCGCGUUCAGAUGAGGAUGAAGAUAUUGGUAGUAGACGUUGAAUACGGGGCGGAUACUACUGGAUCGUUCGUGGAACCGAAGGAUGGCCGGCCGCUCGCUUUCGCACGAGAUCCGGAACUCGGCGCAUCGAUCUCGGGCUUCCAGCUCAACAUAGGCUUCGUCCACCAACUAGCCGAGAACUGGACCUCCAGCCUCAGGGGCACGUCACCGCCGACCCGGGAUGAAGCCUGUACCGACCGAUCCGCCUUCACCAAGAAGGUCUCCGAGCCGGAUAAGAUGGACGUAACGCCGCCCCCAGAGCGGCAUGCGGACCAUGUUCCUUGCUCAGCCCUCCUACACCACCUGCCCCAAAGCAAAGCCACCGAAAUCAAGCGCGUGGCCACCACCGAACAUAAUCCCUGGAUCUCGACUUAG